AUCUCAACAAUUCGAAUCUCAAAAUAUAUAAAACAAAAUUAUUUUAAAUUUAUUACAUUACAGUGAAGUUUUGGAUGAGCUAUGUUCGAUACAACUAAAUACUUUCCGCGUUCAGUUGAUUCCGAGCAUCCAUCCCAGUCGGAGCACAAUGAGUCUUUGUCACAGGAUCAUGUGAUCACCUACGAUAUGGUCCAUAACCCGGAGGGAAGAUCCCCUGAUCACAGUGUCAUCGAAAUGGCAUCGGAAGCUGACCGGCGUACAGGACACGAUGCCACUUCAUCUCCCCAACUGAUGAUUAUUUAUGAAGAAGGCGACAUCAACAGUGCACUGCACUUUAUUAUUGAGUCGGCUCAUAAUCCCUUUGCCUCGAAUGCGGUGGCCAUGGUUCUGGUUGAAGAGAAAAUUCGGGGGGAGAUCGUCGAGAGAAUCCUGUCUAAGCUACAUCCUCUUAGUAAGUUUGUGGCCGAGCAUCCUAGCUAUCUGGCAGCACUGGAGAAAUGCCACACCUCCAACUUGAACAUAAUAAGGGCCUGCAUUUCUGAGGUUGCCCCACCACUGGCUUCACCCACUUUUGUGUGUGACUGUACGCACGAUAAGCUGGGAAGUUACCCAACUGGGAUAGUAACAUUUCACACAUUCCGCAAUAACCAGGAGGCCAUUGCCAUAUGUCAGUGCGAAUCACUGGCCUUCGCAUCCGUCUCCAUUUGGAACGAAACGCUAACUGGAUGCUACGAUCUCGUGGCGGCCCUCAGCUCAUCCUAUUUUUUUCUAAACUGUGCCAACGUGGACUUGUCGCCAAUUUUAAGGCCGCACAAGGCUCAGAAAAAUUACGUGAUAGUUGAAAACGGCUUUCACUUCGAAACCCUACAUAUCUAUGACAAUUUCAAAUCCAUUGUAUUUCCUAUUGCCGGACAAAUUUUGCCAUACAUCGAAGAUUGCAAGGAGGAGCACGCAGCCGUCUUCUUUUUGGAUGCUUAGUAUUGGAAUGACUUGGGUAAUCCUCGACCACGACUUCCACUUCCAUCCGAUUUCGCAAAGGUGCUUGGCAGAUUCAAAAUUUAAAGUUAUUUUGGGUGUUUUUAUGGUUAUUAACGUUCAUGAUGCGUGGCAAUAUAAUUGCAGCUGUCGGCGGUUAUAACAAUAUUUCUUUUCUUCCGGAUAUUGACUUUUUGGGCGUCUUAAUGAAUGCAGGUUUUUUGAAUCAGGUUGCGAAAUAUGUCGGCGCAGCGUGACUAACUGUGCCAUCGAUUUAAAAAAAAAAUUGGUUUACAUUGGGAAAUGUUAAAAUGUUGGUCUGUUAUCUUUUCGCUUACUUUUUACUUAUUGUUUUGUUUAUUCUUGCCGGACUGUAAGAAUGUUUUCUAGCUCUGCAGCCAAUACUUACUUUCAACUUGGCAAUCUGAUACAGGCAUGACCGAAUAAAUUUACGAUCGCACAGCAUUCCGGAGUCACCACAAGCAUCUGCCCCAUAAAAUCAUUUUCUUUAUGGGAGUAUGAUGAGCGUAUGAGUGACGCCAAGUCGUCGCUUUUGGGCACUUAAGGCCUGAAUC